GCUCCAGUCCUCGAGCUCCUCCCACCACCGGCCAGUUUAGAUCGCUUGUUUUCCAGUGCAUUUCCUCAUUAUUCACGCAGUGUUUGUCCAGCUCUCCCUCGACACACACUCAACAUGUUUGUCUUUGCGUUAUUUUCCGCGACCACCUGGACUUUACUGUGUCUCUGUUUCACCCUGCUUUUACUGUAUAGCACAUGGCCGUACAGGAUUUUCAAAAAACUGGGAAUACGCGGACCAAGACCUCUGCCUUUUAUUGGGACAAUGCACCAUUUCAGAAAGGGAAUCAUUUCUUUUGACCAGGAGUGCAGAGCCAAGUAUGGAGACGUCUGGGGGUUGUUUGAAGGGCGAUCACCAUGUAUAAUGGUGGCGGACCCUGAGAUAAUUAAAACUGUGUUGGUGAAGGAGUGCUACUCUACUUUUACCAACCGCAGGGAAAAUAUAAUAGAGGGACCAAUGGAUGAUGCAAUUACAACAGUGAAAGAUGAAAGAUGGAAAAGAAUACGGAGCACUUUGUCACCGUGCUUCACCAGCGGACGACUGAAACAGGUGUUUCCCAUCGUUGCUCGCUAUGCAGACCGACUCACUGAAAAACUUGGACAGACAAAUUUGGAUGAACCCGUCGAUGUCAAACAAUUCAUGGCACCUUAUAGUUUAGAUGUUGUGACCAGCGCAUCUUUCAGUGUCGAGGCAAACUCCAUCAACAAUCCAGAGGACCCCAUUGUUGUUCAUAUCAAGAACAUUCUUAACUUCAAAAUGUGGCUCUUCUUUGUUAUAUUGACAUUUCCCUUUGCUGCACGUGUACUAAAGCUCCUGAAGAUUGAUUUGAUGUCCAAAACCAGUAUGGAUUAUUUCUACAACAUCAUCAAGAAAUUUAAAGAUGAGCAUCGUGCAGAGGAAUCUAAUCGACCAGACUUCCUGCAGGUGAUGGUUCAGAGCGAGAUACCAGAAACAGACAUAAAGAGUGAACAGGACCAGCCAAGCAAAGGUUUGACUGAGCACGAGAUCCUUUCCCAGGCUUUUGUUUUCAUCUUUGGUGGCUAUGAAACCACCAGUGUCACUCUCACUUACAUCCUCUACAAUCUGGCCACCAACCCUGAUGCGAUGCAGACAUUACAGGAGGAAAUCGACGCCAGUGUACCGAAAGAUGCUCCCAUUUCAUACGACCACGUGGUUGGUCUUCAGUACCUGGACCAGGUUAUUUGUGAGUCAAUGCGUUUGACUCCCACUGCGCCUCGGCUUGAGAGGAUGUGCAAAAAAACUGUCCAGGUCCACGGAGUCACUAUCCCUGAAGGAACGCUGGUUGGGAUUCCUGUGCACAUGUUACACAUGGACCCAAACUACUGGAGCUCACCUGAGCUUUUCAGGCCAGAGAGGUUCAGUAAAGACAGCGGGGAGGAGGUGAAUCCAUACGUGUACAUGCCGUUUGGGCUCGGUCCUCGUAACUGCGUUGGGAUGCGCUACGCUCUCCUCACCAUGAAGAUGGUUCUCGUCCGUCUCCUGCAGAGUUACAAUGUGGAAACAUGCAGAGACACCGUGAUCCCGCUGGAGUUUAACGCGUUUUUCCAGCCGACAAAACCAGUAAAACUCAAGUUUGUUCGCAGACAACAAUAAUCCAGAGGGGAGCAGCUCUACGUAUGACUCACUUAUGAACUCCUUUAUUCACUCUUUUUUUAAAGUUGUUCUUAUGUGUGAAAGCUGCUGGCGGGAAAGCAUUUAAAGUUUCUAUGUUAUGUUUGUACACUGACAUUCAUAAAUCCAGUACUUAACCCUUUAAAAUCUACAUCGAUAUCAGCUUUCUUGUGUUGCGUUGAGAUGCCUUCAGAAGCAUUUAAACCUUUGAAAUCUGAGCAGCUUGGUUUGUUUUC